GCGGAGGAUGAGGUGAACAGGGAGUGAUGUGCUUGAGUAUCAAUGGCAAUGGCAAUGGCAAUGGCAAUGGCAAUGUCAACUGCUGGUGUAUAGUGAUUGAAGUUCAUGGUUGUUCGGUUCGGUCCGAUCGUUCUACUCAAGCUGUACAGACGGUUCGCGGCGGCUCUAUAUUCCGGUCGAACCGGUCGGACGCUUACUAUAUAAAAGCCCUCUCCUCUUCCGCCCUUGGUCCCUCGGCUAACUAAUUAGCUCUCGCCUUUUGCCCAUGAAAAUCGUAAGGAUUUAAUUCCUUAGAAUUCUCUGCCCAAACCGUCUGCAAUAAACAUCCUUUGGAGGCACAAAUAAUGGCGGCGGCGAUGAAUAAUCAGCUUAAUGUGGGGGAGUGGCCGUCGUGGGGUUCCCGAAGCGUAGAAUGCUUUGAGAAACUCGAGCAGAUUGGCGAAGGAACUUACGGUCAAGUAUACAUGGCCAGGGACAAGAAAACUGGAGAAAUUGUGGCUUUGAAGAAGAUACGCAUGGAUAAUGAAAAAGAAGGGUUUCCUAUUACUGCCAUCCGAGAAAUUAAAAUUUUAAAGAAACUGCAACAUGAAAAUGUCAUUAAAUUGAAAGAGAUAGUGACUUCUCCUGGUCCUGAAGGAGAUGAUGUGGGGAAACCUGAUGAUAAUAAGUACAAGGGAAGCAUUUACAUGGUCUUUGAGUACAUGGACCAUGAUUUGACUGGCCUUGCAGAUCGCCCUGGAUUGAGAUUUACUGUACCUCAAAUUAAAUGUUACAUGAAGCAACUGCUGACAGGCCUUCAUUACUGCCAUGUAAAUCAAGUGCUUCAUAGGGACAUUAAAGGCUCUAACCUUCUCAUUGACAAUGAGGGAAAUCUGAAGCUUGCAGAUUUUGGGCUUGCACGUUCCUUUUCCAAUGACGUAAAUGCUAAUCUUACAAAUCGAGUCAUUACUUUGUGGUACAGACCUCCAGAGUUGCUUCUUGGAGCGACAAAAUAUGGACCAGCAGUUGAUAUGUGGUCUGUGGGUUGUAUCUUUGCUGAGCUAUUAUAUGGGAAGCCAAUCUUACCUGGAAAAAAUGAGCCUGAACAGUUGAGUAAAAUAUUUGAGCUCUGUGGAACCCCUGAUGAGAUGGCAUGGCCUGGUGUUUCCAAAAUUCCAUGGUACAACAAAUUUAAGCCCUCAAGGCCAAUGAAAAAGCGAAUUUGGGAGUUUUUCAGACAUUUUGACCGACAUGCUUUGGAUCUGUUGGAUAAAAUGCUGGUUCUUGACCCAGCUCAGAGAAUUUCAGCGAAGGAUGCUCUAGAUGCUGAAUAUUUCUGGACUGAUCCCUUACCUUGUGACCCCAAAAGUUUGCCAAAAUAUGAAUCAUCCCAUGAGUUCCAGACGAAGAAAAAAAGGCAGCAACAGCGACAAAACGAAGAAAUUGCAAAAAGACAGAAAAUGCAGCAUCCACAACAACAUGCUCGCUUACCUCCAAUUCAACAGGCUGGGCAGCCUCAUCCUCAGCAAUGGAAUGGCUCGAGUCAUCAAGUGGGCAGUUCUCAGCCAACCCUGCCGAGCGGGACCAGUCAUCAUCAGUAUGGGAAGCCUCGUGGUCCACCUGGAGGACCUAGCAGAUACCCUCAAGGCGGGGCUGGCAGUGGCUACUAUCAAGAUCGUGGAGGUCAGAGCGGAGGAGGUUACAACAAUGGGCCAUAUCAACAACAGGCACGAGGGCCACCCCCUUAUCCUGGAAAUAGCGCCCCUUCAAAUAUUCCCCGAGGAACUACUGGCGCUUAUGUGGCUCCGCCUAACUAUUCCCAAAGUGGUCAGUAUGGAGUUUCCGGCAGCAGAGGUCCAAAUCCACAAGGUGGAAGCAGAAACCAGCAAUAUGGUUGGCAGCAAUAGCAUAGACUAAUUAAUGGUGUGAGAAUUGCGGAAGUUGUUGAUACAGACACUAGGGAUCGGUAAGAAUCAAAAGUUGCAAUGAUCACAUUGCUGCAUGAUGCAAUUGUGGCAAAGGAAUUACUAUGACUUUUUGUAUAGCUUGCUGAUGAAUUAGUCUCAUACUCAUUGUUUAUCACUCACUUCAGGAAUUUGUUUAGGUGACUGCCUGAAGCAGACAGUAGCGUCGCAUAGUUUACGAUAUACAAAAAACAGGAAAAACUGAAAUGUGUUGCAGAGACUAGAGACUUGACAUCAGAAUUGUGUUUGGGUUCCUACCCAAAUUAGGUAUUGGAGUGCUAGUUUCCUUGUA